AGUACUUGGAAGCAGCGCGUAUGACUGGAUGCGUCUGUGCUCCAGCCUGUCCAUGUCUUUUGUGCCACCAGUUAAGCUGUCCUUGCGCGAUAUUUGUCAUAUUUAAUCAUGUGUUUGAAAAAUGCCAAGUUGUUUUGCGAAUGUUUCACGGUUCAGGACUCUUUGCCUUACUGCUGAUGGUGCUGGAGUGGACCUGUCCAGGCCUGUCCUCCCCAUUACGCCCCAUCUGCGACCUGCGCGUCCUAGACCAUUUCAUUAAGGAGGCAUGGGAUGCAGAGGCUGCUUUGAGAGCUUGUAAGGAUGCUUGCAGCACUGCAACAAACUUCACUGUUCCUCUGACCAGAGUAGAUUUUGAUGUCUGGGAAGCGAUGAAUAUAGAGGAGCAAGCUCAAGAGGUCCAGUCAGGCAUACAUGUGCUGAACGAGGCCAUCAGCUCACUACAGGCAUCUAAUCAGACUGAUGUGCUACAGUCCCACAUAGAUGCCAGUAUUAGCAACAUUGCCAGCAUCAGACAAGUGCUGCGAAGUCUCAGCAUACCGGAAUAUGUACCUCCAACCAGUGGUGGAGAAGACAAAGAGAUGCAGAAAGUAUCCUCAAUCUCAGAGCUGUUUCAGGUCCACAUCAACUUCCUGCGGGGAAAAGUGCGUCUUCUGCUCGCCAAUGCACCUGUCUGCCAUCAAGGUGUCAGCUGAUAGACAAUUCUGGGCAAGGGCCAAACUAAUUGGAGCUCCUCAUAUCAGGAGGCAGGAUAUGGGCUAUUACAAAGGAUACGUCGCCGAAGUUUGAAUGACUGGGAGUCAUAGCACUUUGAAAGAUUUACUCACAAAGGGAAAAGAAGACAUCCCCUCAGAAUGCUAAGCGCCCACUAUGGCUGUCUACUCUCUGUGUGUUGAGCAUUUGCAAACUCAUCUGCGUUACCUGGCUAAAUCAACCAGAUGCGAACAUAAAACUUAAAGAAAUCACUCCUCUUACCCAAUAUGACUGAUGGCACUUACCCAGCUCAACUGGGAAGGUUUAUCUGGGAUUCUUUAAAAUUGUUUUGUAUUGCUUAUGAAAUUGUCAUUAUUUAUAUAGAUGAUAUAUUUCUUAGAGCUGGAAUCACUGGCUUUUGCAGAUUCUUUUCUGAAGCUGUUCAAGUGAAGACCUCUCUUCGGCCUCAAGCACCUCCAAACUUUGAACUGUUGAUAGAGAAAACUAUUUAUCAAUAUUAAUUAUGCACUGUAGGUUUUAUAUUCAUUUCAGUGUUAAGUGUAUGUGUGUCUGUAUGUGUGUGACUUUUGUGAAUGCUGCAGGGAAUGUUUCAAGCAUCAGGGGAGGAAGGUUGUAAUGCUGGAUUCUUACGGGUCAGUUGGGGUGAACAGGAAGCAGGACUAGAUUGCUGCUUGUGUCUGGGGAAUUGGAAGCUUUCGUGAGACCUGAUGAGGCUGUGUUAGCUCAUGUCUGAAUUACGCGGUCUUGUGCAGAUAACGCCGCUGCCAGGAAAAAUAUUGAUUAGUGUGUGUAAUUACGAACAUCCUGGCCUGCUUCCACUUCACGCACGAUGCUGCAUAUUUGCCUAUGGGAAAUGAUUGUAAGGUUGACAUCUUGUUUCUCUUUUUCUGAAUCACUUGUUUGUGUUUUUCGUAAAUAGCCAGUUUUUUUUACAUCUGUCAAUCAGUCUCUGUCUAGAUGUCUAGAUGUUUGUAGAUGUUUUUUUCCUGUUAUUUUGCCGUUGUGUGGUUCUUUCAUCACAUUGUCGUUUGGUAUUCAAAUACAAAGUAUUAUUCUUAGCUAAAAAAACAAGGAGAGAGGAAGUUUUUCUUCUUGUCUUAUGAAGCAUCUCUGCUGAGAAUGUCAAUACACUGCUCGCAAUUCUGUAAAUACAUGUGAUUCCAAUGUGAAUUUUCGAAGAAUUAGAUGUGAAAACAAGUACUUUUUUAGAUAUGAGAGAGAGAACUAGGCAUACAUUAUGCCUAAGGCUUAACCGGAUUAUAAAAUAAGUACUGCAUUUUUGUCACGUUUCCACUGAAGGAAUUUAGUCACACCACUAAAUAUCUUUGAAUACUCCUUUGUGUCAUUCCUUUUCACCAUACUUACCACCAAUAUUUCUGUUCUUUUAGUUUGGUCAAGAAUGGCUGGACAAACAUUUCGAUCCAGUUUACUUAUUGAAAGAAGAUCUGAUCUAUUACUGAUCAGCCAUCAGACGUCAACCCUCUGACAAACCAGGCUCAUCUUUGAGUAAUAUUUAAGAUUAGCUGUUCAUCCCAACCUUGCUAACAUGCCAUCUCCAUUUCCCACACGUUAGGUAAUAUAUAUUGCAAUUAUUAUGACAUUUGUGCCCCAUGUUAUAGCCACAGACUUGAGCUCAGCGAUAUGCAGUUUAGCAGGUGAAAGCAGACCCUUGUCAAAUCUGUCAUUAUUACCCAAGUAGUUUACAGAGGUAUU